UCCGUCAGUGACGGCCGCCCGCUGACACCCGCAACUCCCAAACCGUUGGAUUUCGGUUACCAUAAUUACGACAAUAUGACGGCCUGGUUGAAACACUUCAGUGCCUCCAAUCCAGAUCUAACGGCCCUUUAUUCAAUCGGCAAAUCCGUUCAAGGUCGCGAAUUGUGGGUAAUGGUGGUAUCGUCUUCUCCGUUCCAACACAUGAAAGGCAAGCCGGAUGUCAAGUACGUGGCAAACAUCCACGGUAACGAGGCCGUCAGCAGAGAAAUGGCUCUCCAUCUUAUCGAACAUUUGGUUAAAAACUAGGAAGACGCUUACAUCCGUUGGCUGCUGGAUCAAACGCGAAUUCACAUCUUGCCAAGUCUCAAUCCAGACGGAUUCGAAGUGGCUCGCGAGGGUACUUGCACCGGUGGUCAAGGAAGGUACAACGCCCGUGGUUUUGACUUGAAUCGAAACUUUCCCGAUUACUUCAAGCAGAACACUAAACGUGUACAACCGGAAACUGAAGCCUACAAGGAAUGGAUAGCUAAAAUUCAAUUCACCUUAUCCGCUGGACUUCACGCCGGUGCGUUGGUCGCAUCCUACCCCUUCGACAACACACCUAAUUCAGUUUACCAAGCGUUUGCUUCCACUCCGUCACAAACGCCGGACGAUGAUGUGUUCCAUCAUCUGGCCACGCUAUACGCCCGUAAUCACGCCACCAUGUAUCAAGGAGUGGCGUGCAAGCCCGGCUCACCUUCGUUCCCCAACGGGACGACCAACGGAGCGGCCUGGUACCCGCUGACGGGCGGAGCCCAGGAUUAUUCGUACGUCUGGACGGGCACGAUGGAAAUCACCGUUGAAAUGGCUUGCUGUAAAUAUCCUCCAGCUGCGGAAUUACCCGUCCACUGGAGCGAACAUCGGCAAGCGCUUAUCCGUUUCGUGGGUGAAGCUCAUCGUGGUGUACGAGGUUUCGUGACCGACGGUAAUGGCAGACCGCUAGAAAACGUCGCAAUGAAAAUCAAAGGUCGUGACGCUCCGUUCCAGACUACCAAACAUGGCGAAUAUUGGCGCAUUCUUUUGCCAGGUUACUACCGGAUUGAGGCGUACAAAGAAGGUUACGAACCGGUUGAAGAUGAUUUUAGCGUCACCGAUCAUCACGCCACGCAAGUCAAUCUGACUCUUUUCAAACAGGUUGACUCUAAAAUGGAUUUGGGACGUUAGAUGACGUCAGUAAUUACUAUUCCUUAUCGGCGAGUGAUGAACAACCAAAUAAACGACAUCCUAGCAUUUCCAAUAAACAGGACGUUCCCCAUCCUACGGGGCUCAGUGGACUCCUGAUCACGCUCAGAUCGCAGAUGGACAAUCUCUUUGCAAAUCUGUUCGGUUGAGGAAUCGAAUUGGAAAUGAGAAACAGUAAAAAUGCGGACAAAAAUAUGAUUGACGGAGAAAUUCAUGGAAGAGCGCAUCCUGUGACGGUCGGUUAUUUAGACCAUAGUGACGACGGAUGCAAAACCCACGCCUUUUUAUUUUAUUUAUUUUUGUAAGCCUCUUAAAAUAAAAUUUUUUUUCUGGAUGGAUAGUCGUCUCUUCGCUAGGUAGCAGCGGAAGGAAAAGAAACAACCAUCGAUCAUUUCCGGUAUUCUUUCUUGUAUUGAAAUGGACUUGUCUACCAUUACGUAUAGAUUUUGUACUACAUUGUUUUUUUUUUGUUUUUUUCAAAAAUGAAAGUGUACUGUACAUAUGGAACUCCUUUCCCCAAAUGUUAUUUCCUUUAUUCCGAUUGUCUUCAAAAGCAAUCAUCGCUGUCUACCCCCAUCUCUACAACAACAUUCUUAUCGCACUUUACAACCACAAAACUAUUUAUAUGCACAUUUGUCAUGAGCACACGUAUAUCUGUUACUUGUACUGAAGACAAGAAGGUGGAUCGAUAUCGAUGCAAGAAGAAAUAAAUAAAAACAAAAACCUAAAAGGAAAAAAAAAAAAA